GAGUCGGAGAGGAGCCAAAGCGCAAUGCUGAACUUCGCGUCUUCGCUAUUCGACACUUCGCGGCUGCAGUUUGUGGAGUUGAAGACUACACCGGCUUAAGCUUGUUUUGUUUUAACGCGUUUUGCCUUAAACGUUUAGUUUUGGACUAGAUCAUGAGUCUUUACGGCUCUCAGCGUGGGCUGAACACUUACGUUCGGCGCGCCGGCUCGCGAAGUGACCUAGUGACCGGGAACUAUCAGUAUGCUCGGAGCGAAGUGGCGCAAGGUGGUAACGGAUACGGCCCGGAGUGCGCGGAGGACUUCAGCUUCACUUUUCCCAGAGGCUCCGUAUCGGGAGGACAGGCCCCUUCCUCCCCCGGUGUUGUCAUGCACCAGAGAGCGUCCAUUCUCAUGAACCAGUGCCAAGAGUUUCUGCGGAAAGCGGAGUUUGUCCUGCAAACGGGCUCGGAUGGAGUGCGGGCAGCAGCAGAGGCAGAGAACUGCAUGCUUGCUGCCAGUGAAACCAUCGAGCAGAUGAAGGGUCUUGCCAUGGAGCUCAGAAAGAUGGGCCAACCCAACGACAAUGUGGUCUUCAGCAUUGAGCAGUGCACUGAGCAGCUGCGAGGCAUACACGUGGCUCUGACCCGGAAGAAUCGAGGCAGCCUGAGCUGGGACGACGCCGGACGGAGCUUCCAUGAUGCCCUGGCCUGGAUCACGCAGCAGAAGGGUCUGAUAGAGACAUCACCAUGGGGAGAUGACGUGGCCACCAUAGAGCAGCAAAUAAUGAAUCACGGCAAAUUCCACAACUCCAUCCAGAGGAGCAUGGAGGUUGAAAAGGCUCGAGAGGAACUGAGAGAGAGAAGAGAUAAGGCCAAUCUAUAUCUGCUCGAGCAGGAAUGGGACAGCCUGCAGAAGCUGUCGUUUGCUCGUGACACCCAGCUACGUGAGCUGCAGGGCAUCAUCGAGCAGAUCUCUAGUGAGAUCAUGUGGGUCAACGACCGGGAGGAGGAGGAGUUGAUGUUCGACUGGGGCAACAAGAACAUCGAUGUCUACAUUCCCAAGAAGCAGGAGGACUAUUCGCGGUUAAUGAGUGAGUUGGAGGUGAAAGAGAAAGAACUCAACAAACUCAAAUUGAAGGUGGACAGCUUACUGAUGAGCAACCACCCUGCCUCUGACAAGAUAGAGGCUUACAUGGAGACUCUUCAGACGCAGUGGAGCUGGCUCCUUCAAAUCACCAAAUGCAUUCAUGUUCAUUUGAAGGAGAACGCAGCAUACAGUCAGUUCUUCACGGAAGCAAACGAGACAUAUGGCAAACUGCAGCAAAAACAUGAGACCAUGCGCAAGAGCUUCAACUGUGACAAAACCAUGCCACUGCACAAUUUACAAGAACAUCUUAAGGACCUAGAGAGAGAGCGUGACCGUUUGAUGGAGCUGAAACCGCAGAUGCAGCAACUGGUGCAUAAAUCAAAGAGCAUUGUAAGACUGAGGCCGAGAAACCCGGAGGAGAAAAGCAGCAGCCCUGUUAUUGUCCAGGCCCUGUGUGACUACAGACAAGAUCAGAAGGUGAUCCACAAGGGUGAUGAGGGCAUUCUGAAAGAGAACUCCGAGCGCAGCAAGUGGCACGUUACUGGCCCGGGAGGCCUGGAAAUGCAGGUCCCAUCCGUAUGCCUGCUGCUGCCUCCACCCAACCCGCUCUGCAUCAGCCUGGCCACCAAGAACGAUAAGUAUUUCGAUGCCGUGCUGUCACUGUGGAAUCAGCUCUACAUCAACAUAAAGAGCCUCAUCUCCUGGCAGUACUGUGUGCAAGACAUCAACCGCAUCAACUCCCUCACGAUAUCAGUGCUAUCUCAGAUGUGUCCAGAGGAGUACCGUAGCAUCAUUAAGAGCUUGGAGACUCACUACCAGGAGUUCCAGAGGAAUUGCAUGGGCUCAGAGAUGUUUGAAGAGGAGGACAAGCAAACCAUCGAGACACAAUACACUGUAGCCCAGCAACACUACGACCAGCUAAUCGUCCAGCUGCCAGCCUACACAUCUGGCCAGCAAAUCAGGGAAGUAGUAGUGGACAGUGCAGUGAAGAUGGCGCCACCUAAGGUUUCAUCCGGCAUGAACCACCUCAGCAAACUUCAGGCUCUGCAGCUGAAACUGGAGGGGGUGCAGUCAGCACUUAGCACUCACCUGCACAUCUCACUGGGUCCGGACGCGCACGCACAGUGUGGCAGCCACAUCACUCGCAUGCAGGCAGUGCAGAGGGAUGUAGAAUCCUUGGGAGGGGAGUUUCUGAGGCUGAAAGAUCAGGCACUGAAGGAACUGGAGGACAUUGAUGAUGCAGAUAAAGCUGAGUUUCUGCGCAACCAACUCAGCCUCAUCAGCCAGAGGACUGACAAGCUGAGGUCUCAAACCGCCACUUGCCAACUAAGGUUGAAGGCCAUAAUGUCUCUGCUGCAGAGUUUAUUGGAGACGGAGGAUGUGGUGAAGGUUUAUGAAGCUCGACUCACUGAGAAAGAUACAACAUCACUGGACCCUGUCAAAGUCCAAGAAUACCAGAACACUCUUAGGAUUAUGCGAUCUGAGCUUGCACAAAAGCAGGGGACGUUGAGCUCUCUGGAGACGGAGUUAAGUAAGGCACGUCAGUACAAUGAACACUUUGAUCAUAACUGUCAGAAGUGCGACAUGGACCUAUCCCAGUAUGUCGAGCAUGUGAGCCAACUAUCCAACCGUUGGAAGCGUAUUCAGACACAGAUAAACAGCAGGUUGGGCGAUCUGGAUUCAUAUCGGCAGCAGCUUCUGCUGUAUCUGCAGUCCAGUUCCUCUCUGAGUGACUGGAUCGACGAGACCAGAGGCCGUAUAGAUGCUCAGCAGGCCACGAAAACAGAUGACCUUACAGCACUCGCCAAAAUCCUUAACCAACAGAAAGCACUGAAUUCUGAAAUAGCAGCAAAGAGAGAAACGGUGGAGAUUGUGCAAAGAGAUGGUGAUGUGUGUGUGAACGCCAUCAAGGACUAUGAGCUGGAGUUGGCAUCUUACAGUGCUGGGCUGGAAACUCUACUCAAUAUUCCUAUUAAAAGAAGCAUGCUACAAUCACCAUCUACCGUAGUGAUACAGGAGCUUUCCUCACUGCACGCCCGCUACUUGGAGCUGCUUACAUGUUCAAAUGACUAUUACAAACACCUUGGAAGCUCACUGAAGAGCUCAGAGGAACUCAAGAUGCGCAAUACGAAGAUAGAUUUGCUUGAAGAGGAACUGCGGCUUCUUAGAGCAGACGUUGAAGACCGUGAGGCCAAGAACACUGGGCUGCAGGAUGCACUCUCACGGUACCAGCAUCAGCUGAACGAAUCUCAGGAGCAGCUGCUUUCCAUGGAGGAGGUGAAGAGGAGCCAAGCCCUGCAGUGUAAUGCAGCGCAGGAGCGUCUGAGCUCCUCUCAGAGUCAUAUGCAUGAUCUCCUGGCAGAGCUGCAGCGACUCAAGCUGCUUCUGGAGGAGGAGUGCAGGAACAGGAAGGUUGUUGAGGACCGGUAUAACAUUCAGCAGAAGGAACAUGAUGAUGCCAUAAGGAAAAGCCAGAAGGAGCUGGAGGGGGCCAACUGGACUAAGAUUGAGCUGGAGAAGAUUGUGUCAGAUCGGACUCGUGAGGUUGAGCAUCUGCGGAGGCAGUUGGAAGAGGAGACGCAGACUGUGAAGGAGGUGCAGAUGGAGCUAUCUAAGGUAAGGCAACAGCAUAACAUGGAAAUGAGAGAGGUGAAACAGACAUUUGAGUCACAGAUCCUGGUAACACAGACCAACAUGCAGAAGGUCUCACAGCAGCAGGAGGACAACUCCUUGUCUUUGCGGCUGGACUGUAACAGGCUAGAGGGAGAACGAAAGGAAUUACAGGAGGAGUUGAGGAGCGUACGGCUCAGCCUCAGCAAGGAAGAGGUUCAGAGAAGGCAUUUGGAGGAGUUGCUCCAAAGUCAGAAAUCAGCCACAGCAGAGGAGGCCAGGGACAGGAGUGAACAGGAGACCAAGAUUCAACUGCUGCUCAGUCAGAAGAGUGCAGAGGAGAGCAGAAUGAGAGAAGUUCAGGAGAGCUCCACUAGGGCUCUCCAGGAGAAGAGCAACGAGAUUUCCUCUCUCAAGCACUCUCUUGAGGAUGAGUUGCACAAGAAGAGAGCUUUAGAGACAGAGAUGAGUCGUCUGGAGAAGGAGCUAGCUGACCUGCAAGCUAAACAUACAACCUGUUGUCAGGAGCUAGUCCUGCUUCGCUCCUCUCAACAAGAGAUGAGUAUCCUCCGUUUGGAACUAGAGGCCCAGGGCAAUGACCGAAAUCGGGCAGAGCAGAAUAUCACACAAUAUCAGGUGAGGAUCCAAGAGCUCCAGAAGGAGGUGAAACAGCUGGAAGGGGAGCUGGAGGACCAGAGACGUGUGGCACAAGAGGAAGCUGCCAAGCGCAGGAGGACAGAAACUCAGCUUGAGAAUACCAGUCAGGCCAUGCGUGAGUACACGUCUACCAUUACCACUUUACGCAAGAGUCAGGAGGAGGCUAUUAUGGAGGCCAAACAAGCAGAUGAAGAGUGCAGGCGGCUGAAGGAGGCUCUUGACCAUAAUGUGAAGGAGCAUGGUGCCUCCUUUCAGCGACUGGCCACACUGGAAGCUGAGAUGAAGAGUCUGAGACUGCAGCUUGUGCAGGAGCAAGGUCGGGUUCGUGAGGGUAGCCAGCGCUAUGAAGCCCUGCACCGGAGCAUGGAGGAGAAAACCCGAGCACUAAAUGAGACAAUCGCUGAGAUUGAUCGCCUGAAGAAGCUCACAGAGACUCUCACCAAGGAGCGCCUCCGCCUGGACGAAGAGCUGCAGGGAGUGCGGCUGGAGCAUGAGGAGGUGCUCCAAGGUAAGCACCAUGAAGAUGAAGAGAUAAGUGCUCAAAUCAGUGCGCUUCAGCACCAGCUCCAAAGCAGCCAGCAGUCUAGGACUGAGUACGACAUGCUUGUCCAGCAGCUCUCACAGGAGAGAGAAAAACUGCGACUGGAGAUACAGGAUGUGCAAAAACAGGCCAGCGAGACUUCAAAAUCAAUCCGGGCAUCCCAGUCUCAGUGCGCUGAAUUACAGCAAGAACGAGAUGCCCUCAUCAGGAAGAUGAAGAUAAUGGAACAAGAUGUAAUGCACAUGCAGAAGUUCGAGGAAGAGCUAAAAUGCAUCAAACAAUCACUGGAAUCAGAACUGCGUCUGAAAACGCAACUGCAAGAAGAAAAUGAUGGGCUUAGAAAAGAUUUCGGCCACUGGAAAAAGCAAUAUGAAACUCAGGAGGAACAUGUGCGGCACCACGGCACAGAGCUCUUGAUGCUGGAGGGAGAACGUGAUUCAUCCCGAAGAGAAAUGGAGCGGUUGCAGGCCCAGCUGAAAGAGGUGGAAGAGCGUCACAGGCUCCAACUACAGGGACUCGAGCGGGAGCGCACUGAGCUACAGACGCGUAGAGAUUCCUUGCAAGAGGAGUUGGUGAGGCUAAAACAGAAACCAGGUGCUGCAAAUAGAUACACGCAGACAGAUCAGCUUGAUACGACCAUUGACCCCUCCAACAUAAUCUUUGAUGGUGUCCGCAAAAAGGUCACAGCCCAACAGCUGCAUGACUGUGGGGUUAUUGAUAAAACAACCCUGGGCUCUUUGGUGAGAGGUCAGAAGACUGUCGAGGAAGUGGCUGUUAAUAUCAAGCUGAAUCUCAAGGGCACAGGAGCCAUUUCAGGUUUGGCAGCAGGGCCCACAGGAAUGCUGACAAUCACAGAGGCCAAGAGAGAUAAAUUAAUCUCAAUAGAGAGUGCCCUGAAACUCCUGGAGGCUCAAGCAGCCACAGGACACAUAAUGGAUCCCAGAGCUAAUGUGAAGAUGACUGUGAAAGAGGCUUAUCUCAGUGGAUUUGUGGAUAAAGAGGAUAAGGAGAAACUGCUAACUGCAGAGGCUGCCUCCACUGGGUUCAGAGAUCCUAACACAAACAAACUGCUGUCAGCCAGCCAAGCCAUGAGGAAGGGACUCAUAGAUAAAGAAACAGCUUUGCGUCUGCUGCAGGCACAAGAGGCUGCAGGAGGGAUCCUUGACCCUGUCCUCAGCAUAUAUCUCCCCAAGGAUGUUGCCAUGGACCGUAAUCUAAUUGAUGAAGAUCUUUAUCAGGCCCUUAAUGCAAAACCAAUGUGUUACAUUGACCCUGAUACAUGUCUGAGUACUACCUAUGUCACCCUGAAGAAGCGAUGCAAAUCUGACGCUAAAACAGGCAUGCUGCUGUUACCAGCCCCUCAAGAUCCAAUGACAGUGCAGGGCCUACGGGGAAAGGUUUUUGUGUCAGAUCUUGUAGAGGCCAACUUGCUGGAGCCUUCAGACAUUGAUCAGCUAAGAGAAGGCAAGUUGUCUAGCCAAGACAUUGAGCACAGACUUAGAGCCUACCUGCAAGGAUCCACCUGCAUUGCUGGUGUAUAUGAUGAGGCCAACAAAUGUACCUUGCCUAUCUACCAAGCUAUGAAAGAAGGCCUUCUGCGGCCUGGUACCACAUUAGAACUUUUGGAGGCCCAGGCAGCUUCAGGCUUCAUGAUUGACCCUGUCAGCAACCAGUAUUACACAGUGGAGGAAGCCUGUAAGAAGGACCUUGUUGGUGUGGAGUUCAAAGAAAAGCUCCUCUCUGCUGAGAAAGCAGUCACUGGAUAUAAAGAUCCUAUGACUGACAAGGUCAUAUCCCUCUUCCAGGCAAUUGAGCGAGGUCUAAUUGAGAAAGGGCAUGGCAUUCGCCUGCUAGAGGCCCAGAUAGCCAGUGGUGGAAUCAUUGACCCCAAACAAAGUCACCGUAUUGAUGUGGACAUAGCCUAUCAUCGAGGUUACUUUGAUGAAGAGAUGAAUCAGAUUCUGAAGGAUGAAGGAGAUGACACAAAGGGAUUCUUCGAUCCCAACACACAGGACAAUCUGACAUAUCUACAGCUGAAGAGUCGAUGUAUUACAGAUGAUAAAACUGGCCUUGUGCUUUUGCCACUUCAUGAUAAGAGCAAGACCUCCACUGCAACACAAAAGAACAGUACAAGGAAGACGAGGGUUGUGAUCGUGGAUCCAGACACCAAUAAGGAGAUGACUGUACAUGAAGCCUAUGAGAAGCAGAUGAUUGACUAUGAAACGUAUCUGGAGCUUUCCCAGCAGGAAUGUGAGUGGGAGGAGAUUAGUGUCACUGCUUCAGAUGGCACAAGUAAACUGUUCAUCAGUGACAGGAAGACAGGCCUUCAGUAUGACUUACAUGAACUUCUUGAUAAGGGUCUAAUCAGCCAAGACACCUUCACCAAGUACCGCACAGGGGAACUUACUAUUACACAGUUUGUUGACAUCAUUAACAGUAAGACCCAACCAUCAAAGCUCCCUCACCCUUCUUCCUCCUGCUCCGCAUCUUCUUCAUAUACAUCCCAAACAAUAAUCAAAAGUGAAACUGUAACAUCUGUUGGAAACGCUCCUUUGCAGCAACCUCCAUCCUCACCAAACACCCUGAAGCGCAUUACUAGCAUGUCAAUUACUCUGACAUCACCUGGAGCAUCUGUCGAUGAGCAGAGUGCAGUUGGGGCCAUUUUUGCUACAGAAAAAAUGGAGAAGGUCAGUGUAUAUGAAGCCAUGAAGCAUGGCCUUGUAGACACUAUCACAGCACAACGGCUGCUUGAAGCACAAGCCUGCACUGGUGGCAUUGUAGACCCAAUAAGUGGGCGCCGCAUCUCUAUUCAGGAGGCUUCUCGCAUUGGCAUAAUUGAUCAUGACAUGGCUAACCGACUAAAACCUGCUCAGAAGGCCUACGUUGGAUUUGAGGACUUAAAGACCAAGAAGAAGAUGUCAGUAGCUGAGGCAGUGAAGGAAAAAUGGUUACCAUAUGAGGCUGGUCAGCGUUUCCUUGAAUUCCAAUUUUUGACUGGAGGCCUAUUUAAUCCAGAGAAUGGGCAAAGAUGCACAAUUGACGAGGCUAUACACUUGGGAUGGCUAGAUGGCAAAUCGGCACAGAAGCUUCUGGAAACACGGCACCAUUCCAAGAUGCUAACCUGCCCCAAGACCAAGCUGAGGAUCUCUUACAAGGAGGCUAUGGAUGCCUGUAUGGUGGAGGAUAAAACAGGUAUACGCAUGCUUCCUGCUGCUACUGCAUCCUCACGUGACAUCAGCAGUCCAUACAACUCAAACCUGAGCUCUGGUCCAAACUCUCGAAGCGGAUCCAGCAGAGGUAGUGCGGAUCACACGUUCUCCACCACAUCUUCCUCCAGAUACAGCAGUUUUAGCUACAGCAAAACCUCUUUCAGCAAUAGUUCUCUGUCGUAAGUAAAAUUUACAAACUACUGUCAUCUUAAACACAGGAAUAAUAAAAAUGUACUUCAUUAAAAUACAAAACACAUUCCAAAUUGUAUUAAUAAUUCUAAAAAAUAUAUGUAGCUGUGACAUGGUCACAAUUUUAAACUCGACUGCAAAUAUAUUUCAUUUAAAAUAGGAAAGCAUUAAUUCUUAGAAUUACAAAGUAUUUACAUGUUUUUACUGCAAAUAUGAUUUUUAAAUCAGUCUCUCUUACAUGAAAAUAUCAAUGUUAGUAUCAUUAGUGACAAACUGUUUUGAUUGAUAAAUGAUUAUCCACUGUGGCUGUAUGUGCCUGUAAUGCAUUUUAUAUUAGAUCAUUAUUCAGAUAUGUAAGAGUGGCUUUAGGGGUGAUUUAAAAAAUAACAAUAAAUAACAUGCAUUUAUAUUCUUGAACUAGUGUGGGUAAGGAAAUAAUUACUGUGAUGUAAGGAAGUCAUUACACUGUAAUGACAGCUUAGACUGUCAAUUGACAAUGUUUUAUACUGUUUUAUGGUUCAUGAAAUGGAGAUUAUUAUUUCUUCUCUAAAAUAGGUGUAGCUGUUGCCCUCUCUGUCUACUAUAUUUUUUUAACAUAUAUCCUAAGUGAUUUGUUUCUCUAAUUCAAUAAUAAAAACUAAUUACUGCAACCUUUGUGAUUUUUAUUUAUUUUUUGUUAUGUAUUGUAAAAUGUUAAGCAUCAGCCAAAGGUAGGUAUGUUAAAAACAAAUUAAUUAGGUCAAAAAGGAUACCAACAAACACCAUCAGAGACAAGAAGUCAGUACA